CCACCGCCUCGAGACCCCCCCUCUCUCUCCCCCCUUCUCAUUGCAGUGACAGCGCCCCGCCCCUCACUCGCCCGCCCCUCACUCGCCCGCCCCGCCCCCCUCUGUGACCCCGCUGUGACCCCGUCAGUCAGCCACUGGACCCAGAGCUGUGUGGUCCGGCUGCGCUUGGCCUUCAACCAUGGCACAGCCUGAGAAGAAGGCGGGCCUCCUGCGCAAGUCCUCCAGCGCCAAGAAGAUGCUCAAGGAGAAGGUGGUGCUCAUGUACGACGAGAUCUUCAAGACUGAGGAUCCAGCUCAGAAUAAUCCUCGAUUCUGGGAGGAGCUCUUCUUAAUGAAGGUGAACUUGGAGUACCUUGAGGGGCGGCUGGAGGCUCUGAAUGGGGAGAUGCUGUUACAGCUCAAGGACAACAUCAACGGGCUCUUCCACCACAGUGUGCUGGCGCUGCGUGAGGAGCACCAGAUCCGUGUAGUAAAUUCCCUGCAGACGCUGUGCGGCCUGUUGCGAGGAGUUCAUCAGAAGAACAUGCCCAACACCGGCUUCGAUAUCAUCAACAUCCUCAUGGGCUUUGACAGCGCCGAGGAGGAGAUGAAGAGUCUGAUGGAGAGCCUGGACAAUCUGCUGUGCGGGGACGGCUCUCCCAGCCUCAAAAGUCUGUGCCUCAAGCUGCUGCUCUGCCUGGUCACUGUCACAGACAACAUCAGUCAAAACACCAUUUUGGAGUACAUCAUGAUAAACAGCAUAUUUGAGGCGAUUGUUCAGAUCCUGUCGAGCGAGCCCAGCCGCAAGCAGCUGGGCCACGACGCCGUCGUGCUGCUGGCGCUGCUCGUCAACUACCGCAAGAACGAGUCGGCAAACCCUUACAUCGUCAAAUUGUCCAUCCUGGAUGAUGAAAUGGCGCUGAAUGGGGAAGGUCUUGUCAUUUCUAGGGCUCUCACAGAAUACAACAGACAGUACAAAGCCAAGGAAGAGGAGCACCAGGGAGGCAUCUUCUCGGCCAUCACAAACAUGGUCGGAAGCAUGUUUGUGGGAGACGGAGAAGAGAAAAUGUCUGUCAAGACGAAUGAGUCCAUUCUACUGGCGCUGUACGAGGCGGUACACCUCAACCGGAACUUUGUGGCAGUUCUUGCUCACAGUCACCCAGAAAUGGGAAUCAUCACCCCACCUCCUACAGCACCCGCAUCUCCCACCACCCCGACCACUCCGCAGCCAGGCACCACCCCUCCUGCCAAUGAUUCACUGAGCAGCACAGAGCUCCCACUUGAUCCAAACAUCCAAACCAGCAAUCUCCUCAUCACAUUCCUCAAGUACAGCUCCAUCAUCAUGCAGGACACCAAAGAUGAACACAGAUUGAACAGUGCCAAGCUCUGUUUGAUUAUCCUCACCUGCAUUGCAGAGGACCAGUACGCCAACUCUUUCUUGCAUGACGACAACAUGACUUUUCGUGUUCAUCUACAUCAGAUGCCAAUGCGUCACCGCAAGAAGGUUGUGGACAAGAAUGUGCCGUCUCGCCCACUGGCGUGUGCCGUGCUCGACCUGAUGGUGGAGUUCAUAGUAACGCACAUGAUGAAAGAAUUCCCGAUGGAUCUCUACACGCGCUGCGUUUCAAUCUCGCACAAGCUCAUCUGCUAUCAGAAGAAGUGUCGCGUUCGUCUGCAUUACACCUGGCAGGAGUUCUGGGCCGCGCUGAUCAGCCUGCUCAAGUUCCUUCUGUCCAACGAGACGGCGCUGUUGAGCAAGCACAACAUCUUCCCACUCGCCCUGCAGGUGGUGAACCUGUUCAACAUGUUCAUCACGUUCGGGGACACCUUCCUGCCGACCCCUGGCAGCUACGACGAGCUCUACUACGAGAUCAUCCGCAUGCACCAGGUCUUCGACAACCUCUACUCCAUGGUGUUGAGGCACUCUACAAACAAUGGGCAAUGGAAAGAACCAGCCAGCAAAGUAAUACAAGCCCUGGUGAACAUCAGAGCCAUCGUCAAUCACUUCAGCCCGAAAAUUGAGUCAUUUGCCGCUGUGAACCACAUUUCCCAGCUCUCUGAGGAACAGGUGCUGAGUGUGGUGCGCUCCAACUACGACACGCUCACGCUGAAGCUGCAGGACAACCUGGACCACUACGAGCGCUACUCAGAGCAGCCCAAGGAGGCAGCCUUCUUCACACAGCUGGUGCGAUCCAUCAGUACGGACGUGCGCAAGAACCUGUCCCUCUACACCCUCAGCCAAGAGAUUCUCCUCAAGGAGUUUGCAACCAUUUCCUGAGCCUCCCCCUACUCCUCACGUGGUUCAAUACAAUGCCGGGUACACCUUUUUUUAGGACAACCGCGAUAUCAAGAUUGCUUGGCACAACGAAGCUUUGUGUAGCAUUAAUACUUUAUUGACAUUUCUCUCUUUCUUCCCGAUUUUUUUGACAUUUAAUAUCCUCUAAAAAGUAUGCUUCCCUACUGAACAGCAUAACAUUCAUGGAAGUUGACAGCUUUUCCAGUGUUUGGAUUAUGGAAAUACAAAUUAAUGGUGAUAGUUUAUGGAAAAUGGCUUCAAGUUUCACUGCUAUCACAUGUAAUUGUGUGUAAUGUGAAUGCCGUUCCAUUAACCAGACGAAUGCGUUGGUUACAAUGGCAGCGUCGAUACACUGACAAUUACCCCUCCUUAUCAACGAAAUCCCUCCUAGAGGCAACAUGAACUAUGAUGGGGUGAAAUUGUCCACACGAUGUCUCAACCUGCAUGCAUGAGAAUGUGCUAUCCAAACGUGCUACGAAACAAUUAAAAUUCGCGAAAAAAUGUCCACGUUUCAACAUUGAAAGUGUGUGUCCGAGACCAUCACGUCCAGGAACAUGAUUUUUUUAAGUGACAGGAAUUCUCUGCGAAGCAUUCACCGUCGAUGUGCGUCAGUGGUUUAAACCGACAACCUCCCCGCCAGCCUCUAAUCCCUGUGUCUCCUCCGUGGCGGCAUUACAGACCCUGCAGCACCUCACGUGGCUGUCGUGCAGUGGUUGGAUGCUUACAGCGAAUGCGCUGCACUGACACCAGUGUAACUGACGGUAGCCCUUCAUAAUUGGGAAAAAAGCGAAUCCAUUCUCUUUAUCAUCAACAUUGUCAGCUAUGUGUACCAAAGAUUGCUAUUUGGUAGAUGAAUCGAACAUGCUGACGUUUUCAAUUCCAAAUAAAUGUUGUUCCUCCCGUAAAUGACGACUUAUUUUAAUGGCGCAAGUGCAGCACCGCCACUCUUUGUUGUGUAGUUCUCGUUCUCGAUGACCGAGUGGAAAGGAAUUGACGAGGCUGGCAUUGAGGCAUAACUGCAUUUUUAUGGCCACGAUCAUAUGAGCCGUAUAAAUACACGGAGCUCAUCUUGACCUAAGCCAUGAAAGCCCUUUGGAUCGUUCAAGUUGGAGAAGGGGACAAUAUCAUGACCAGGCGACGGAGGGCCAUGUUCUUUCGAAAUUAAGUGUGUGUUCAAAAGGUCACACACCACCAUUUGAACAGGAUUCUGUAUGAUCGGCAACAUUUUGUUGUGUCGUAUUGAUGUAUUUGCAUUUUGUCUGGAAUAAUUAAAGGCUGCCCACCAGCUUAGGGAAGAAUUCCUUUGUCUAUAUAAUCCCUACUAAGUCACAUGCACUCGAAGUACAUUUAAGAGGAUCUGGUACACAUAGUGUAUCACCCACAGUCUUCUUCUGCAAGGGUUCAAAGCCAAGAUAAUGAUCCUCAGUAUAGCGUUGUGCACGUAGAGGAUAUGCAUGAUCAAGCUCUUGCAAUUCUGACACGAAGCUAUGAACCAUAUAGCGCAGUGGGCUCACUUUGACUUACACAAUAAUACGUAAGAAGUACACAGCCGUUUGUGCAAAUGUAAGAAUCACAUCAGCAUUUCCUGUAGAAAUGCAUUGUGAUUCUCCUGUUUGUCUUCGAGCACCAAAUAAAAUGUGAGCAAAUUUGACCAACUGGCAGCAGCAGCAGUGAUAGAGAUCUUUAUACAGGGAUCAUCAUUGUUAGAACUCAUCAGCACGACAGUAUCGUCACCAAUGUUCACUGCUGCAAAGUCUGCCUCUGGGAACAAUGCAUGUGGGAUGCCCCCACAAUCGGUUCUGAUGGGUUUUCUUGUAAUUUACAGAUUUCAUUACUGUUAAGUUUUAUUUUGUGGCCUUUUGAUUCAAGGCAUUGCGUGUUCAAAUGUAAUUAUAAGGCCUGCACAUCUCUGUAAAGCAAUACCUAGCAUUGAAAUAAGCUGAAAAAUAUAUAGAAUAUACAUUUGAGUUCAUUGUUUCCUCCUAUGAUUAAGCUGUACAAAUGUAUAUGUGUGCGCUUUUUCAGACUCUUGUAGAAAUAGGGGUGUUAAAAUGAUAUGUAGAAGUAUGUGCUAGAAUAGUGUUGGCAAUUUGGUUUUAUGUUGAUGUUUCUUCAAAAAUGGUAUUUUCUCUGAAUGAAAAGGAACUUCUUGAUACAUUUCCACCAAGGGGUUCGUUGUUCAGGGUAGGUGACAUGCCACAUGCACCCUGAUCCAACCUGGCUUGAAGAAACGACCCCAUUGUUUGUUCUUUAUAUAAUUUAGUCUAUAUAUGACUUUCACAUGGUGGACACAACUUAUUUUAAGGUUUUGGCGGAUCUGUAUAUAUGUGUUCAAUCUGUAAUCAUUGUCAGCUGUUAUCUCUCUACUGCUGGAUCAAGGCCCUCCCAAACGCCAUCAUCUCUCGUGGUCUUGCGAUUGCAACGAUUCAUCAAGCACCUGAACAAGAGCUGAUUGCAUCGCUCCAUUUUUGCAAUGGACGCCCCUUCAGGUGUUUGCCUUUGCCGACGAAUAAAUAAGCAAUCAUGUCUAUUGGCCAUCAUCCCUCUCCAGAAAUGUCUUCAUCCAACAGUGGAGAGACCUUGGCUGACGAUGAAGAUGACUACGACGUUUCAGUUUGCAUUUCUGUGUAAUCUUUACCGAUGAACCAUUUUUCCACAAUUUACGAAUAAAUCGGCAUGCCUGCUUCGUCAUGGGCCACUCAGCACAAUGUUGUCUGAGCACUAUUCUUGAUUGUUUACUGGAUGAUAUUCGCUGAUGUCAUCUUGCCUGCCGAUCCACAAUCUUAGUAAUGCUGAUCCCAUUGUCCGUUCUGCCUGCUGCUUCUAUCUGCAGACGCUGUCCUCCUACAUCUGUCUCCCCAACUCCCGUUUUCGCUUAGAGGAGUUGGUACUUCUUUUGCGGCACGUACCAAUCAUUUUCUUGUUCCGGAUUUUGCAGACAGCUGCAGUGACGAACAGCUGCCAUCAUUUUUCUAUUUUGGAAUGUUUGCUUUGGGGUCCUUGUGUGCUCCGUCUGCUCGCAUCACCGCACUCUCCUCCCCUCCAAGGAGUUUCUAUGAUUUAUGUGAGAAUGUCAUCUAGUCCAGGACAGGGAGAACAAAAUGUGAGGUUAGCCAUGUAUUGGCAUUUGUUGUCGGCAUGAAAAAGAAAUCGGUGGCCUCUUCAUUGUUUGUGGAUUUCUGAAGUGUCCUAAUUUUAAAAAAUAUUUAUGGAUUUUCACAAUCAUGUAAUCUCCGUUUUUGUAAAUAAUGAAAUUUCGUUUUCCCGGUAUUUAAUUCACACUCCUUGCAAUGUGAUGACUUAACUUCAGUCAGGGUUGCAAAUUCGAUUCGCUAUUUUUUUCACGCACAAUUGCGGUGAAAGCCAGCGCCUCCUGGCUUUCACCGCAAUUGAUAAAGAUUACGUCUCAAUGAAAGCAUUGUACAUGAUACAAUGCUUUCAUUGAGACGUAAUAAAGAUGAAUAUAUUAAUUGAUGCGACUUCACACCCCUACAAUUAAGACAAUAAUGAACGCCUCUCAAGCCCUAUAUAAUAUUUUUUUAUGCUCGUCAGUGAUGAGAGUCAGUGUCUUUGCUUUCCCACUUCCUGAAUACUCUCGACGCUGACAGCACAACUCGAUGAACUCCAGCUCAAAGGACAAUAGAUGAUUUUUGAUGUCUCUCAACUCCCAAUCUUUCAAUGUUUCAGUAUGUCCUCACAUACCUCCAUGUCGUGUGCUGAAAACAGUUGGCAUUAAAGUGUACGAUUCCUAUAAUUGCCCCCUUAAAAGCGAGAACCAAUUAUAUUGGGUGGUUGUGUAGAAGUAAAAAAAAAUAAUCGUCAGCCAUGAGCUGUCCACUGCUGGAUGAAUGCCUCCCCAAGUCGUCAUCCGUCACUUGUGUCGUGAUGCAACAACUUAUCCGGCUCCUUACAUCACCUGAUUGCAUCACUCUGUCACCGCAGAGAGUAAAACGUUAGUCUUAUUUAAAUCUGAUAAUGUGGUGACCUUUAUUUCUGUGAGAGGCCAUGUAGAGUGUAGUUGACAAGACACCCUCGAAGGGUGACCUUUUUGUAUACAAAAAUAGGCAGAAACUCCCAUUUGUCAAGAUUUUAAUUAUUCGUAAUGGUAGAUUUUUUUUUCUUGCUAAAUGGAGACUUUUAUCUUGCAUUAGAAAGUGGAUAAAUUCGGUCCUUGUAGAGCAGCGGUCCCCAACCUUUUUGGCACCAGGGACUGGUUUCGAGGAAGAUAAUUUUUUUCAUUGGGUCUUUCAUUGGGUCUUUCCCCCUUUUCAAAGAAGCUCUCCAGCGACGUUUGUUUUUUUACUCAUGUUGGCCAGGGGUUAGGGCUUGUGGGCUAGCCACAACUGUGACUGUGACGAGUGCGCAGUGCGGGAAAGAGGCGCGGAUGGAAGUGGUCAAUAAUAAAACAAUGGGGGCGGAACACGCGCGGACUCACCGCUCUCACCUCCUGAUGUGCGGCCCGGUUCCUAACAGGCCACGGACCGGGGGGUUGGGGACCCCUGUACAUGUAGAGGAUUCCUGGUGUGUUGCGGUGUGCUUACCCAACCGAGCUUCAUUACCAGUAGGCUCGUACCAUCGGAGUUGACGGACAGAGCGAGCAAGUGCUGCAGUCCAUUCUGGCACUGCUGGUGCCGGGCUCUGGCAAUGUUCCAGUUUCACAGCCAAACCGCUCGCGUGCGCAUUGCUCUUCACGUCAUCGCUUCUCUUUGUCUGACCCCUUGUCAAGUCUUGCUCAAGUUGAACGAUUCACCUUAAGCAUCCCAGACUUGCCCACGUCGUUAAUCGUGGGCUGAGGGUGCAGUGGAGUGUCACCAAGGUGGCGAGAUGUUAACUACCUCGCCCGGUAUACAGGAGGUAUAUAGCACGCGUUGAGAGUAUUUGGCCGCUGCUAUAAAUGUGUCUGCAUGUAAAGCCACUUCGUUGAGCUGGCAUCUGUAGACAGGUCGCUUCUGAAACAGAGCUAUAUAGCUCAGUGGGCCUUACCUGGUGAAAUAAAUUGUUUAUAGUUGUCCAGUUAUUCACGUGGCUUGUGGAUUUUUCAUUUGUGUAGUCAAGGGUGCGGAGGCACACUGUGAGCACGUCCCCCUGUUAUUCCGUUUUUUUCUUGACAAGAGUUGCACCAUUGACAUUUCUGUGGUCAUUCACAAGUGAACAUUUUUUUAAAUUUACGAAUUGUUGAUCGAUGUGCAGUGGUGCGAUUUUGAUUUUUUAUUAACUCUGAUGUGCAGCUUGUGUUAUUUGCCACACCCAUGAAUUCUCACAUGCGUCGCCUGAUUACAGGUCUACAAUUAAUUAGCACAUACACGCCGUGUGUGCUUGUCCGUAAUGGUUUAACAAAUCGUGCGGUCUUGCAGAUACUGCACGGUGCAAUAUGACUGAUAAAACGUGGGAUGGAUAACAGCUGGGAGUAUGAAAAAAUAAGAAUAAGUUUUACCCUUUUUGGCAACCUAUAAUUUUUUCAUACUUUGAUACUGGCAAAAAGGUCCAAUUUUGUCGCUGAUAGUAGCUCUCGAGAGCGAUGAGAAUGCAUACAACAGUACUCAUUUUAGAUGGCUUCAUACACGGUGGCAUGAACAAAGCUAUAGCGGAAAAUGUGCUGAGUUCAUAUCUGUUGCUUUGGCUAUAUGAACAUUGCAUAAUGCAGGUCUGCUUUUGGUUAUACCAACAGUGUCACAACGAUUCAACAGUGAAUUUACAGAUUAAUCUUCUGCAGACUUGAGUUUGAGUCCGAGUAGGCUGCCAAUGUGAAUCCACUUUUCUUGAAGGGUAUUUCAGUAUGGCACAGAUCACUAUUUACAAUGAUUAAAGUCUAUUAUUGGGUUGUUCGGAGUCGAUGACCAUGAUAGAAAAUUGAUUAUUUAGGUCACGUCAACUUGACCUCUGCCAUUCUUGUGGACGCCCACCAGCAGCAGUUUAAUCUUGCAGAUAUUGCUGUCUGGAUAAUUGUAUUAACAGGGUUUGGACAGACCCGCUCAGUGGCAAACGUCGUGCAAGCAGUGCAAACACUUAUUGAUUGGUUCCUUGUGAAAACGCGAUUAUAUCUGUGCUUGUGAUUGGUGGCGGGCCAGCCGAAUGAGCCGUGGUGCACCCCGACGCAGCCCGAGUAGAGACGGUGGUGUAACGCAGUCAAGCAAAUGGCUCUCUUAGUUUAACUUGGGUGAUUAUUGUAUCCGCAGACUCUGUGACCCACAUCGGUGGCUGCUAUCAUCGAUACUUUCCAUGUUCUGCACCUUGCCGAACCAAGCAACGAGACGUUGUUGCUGUUGCAGUUUAUGGAGAGAGCGUAUUGUACAACAACAAAAUAAUGAAAGGUUCAAUGGAAUGAAUGAACCGCGUUUCGCUCUGUGUGCUAGACGAAUACAACUAUUCGCUUGAACAACGUAAUGAAUGCAAAAUGCACGAGAGUUUGAAAAGUUACAUGUGUGUACAUUCACUCAAUGUGAUGUACGCACGUGCACUUAUAUUCACAAUGCUGCUCAAUUCCAUGUUACCGAGUGCCGGGAGCUCAUUGUAAAUGCAGCAGCACGUGCACCAAUGGGCAAUUGAAACGGCAAUGCGUGCGUAGUGGAACGCUUUUGCAAUCGUUCUGUUCGGAGCGGUGGUGUUGUAAUCCAGAUGUUGUCACCAAGCCCGAGUUUCAGUCCCAAUGAUUCCACAGCACCGAGCGGUCUCCGUUUGUGACGCCUGAAUGAAAAUGACCACUUGGCCCAAAUGAUGUCAAAACGAGAGGUUUUGUUUUAGCUGUUGACAUGCACCAGCAGGAGCUGCCUGCAAGACGUCUUCAUUGUGGUCUCACAGGAUUCGAUCAGCUAAACUUGCACCUCAUUGCUGCUGCGCGGUUCCAGCGAUUAGAUAUCUGUGAUUGCAUUUGCAAGGGUUGCCAUUAAAAACAAUUUAUGGUUGCAAAUACAACCGCCCUGCAAACUUUUGCAACCGUAACUGCAGUGCAACCAAAUAUAUUUAACGUUCAGCGAAUACAUUUAUUAUACGCAGGCUUGUGCGUUUAUAUGAUGCGAACAGAAUCACUUUCAUCCUUAUCUGGUGUGAAAAGUGUUUUUCCUUAAACGAAUGUAGACGUAAUCCGUUCUUUCAUGUGCGGCAUGCACAGGUAUCUGUAACGAUGCAGAUAUCCAUGUAUCGCAUGCAGAGUAACGUCAGGCCGAAAAUCAUCAUAAAUCGGUGAUGAUGGGGACGUAUGCUGCCACUGCCUUGGAUUAAAAUUCAGUAGAAUGCUUCGGAAAGCCCCUUUUGGCAUGAGGCAAAAAAACACAUUCGUAUGUGGUGAUCAGUGUUUCAACUUUGUAGGCUAUUCGCGAGACUUUGAUCCUGAUCCGCUUUGGUUUGAUCCCCAGCCCCUGCACAACACGGAUAUGCCUCAAGAGUCAUGCCCCCGUGCGGUGCUGCUGCUGCUGUUCUUAGUGUGCUGCAUUCAAUGUCUGUGGGUGAAGCCAGCAAGAGGACACCAGAAACAGAGUGGAACAAUUAACAAUCCAACCCUUCACUCGUCCAGUACAUGGGGUAAUGAGAAAACAGCUGUGAUAAACUUAAAGAUAAAAAAAAACCCACAAGAUAAAUGUGUUCCGUGAAUGAGUCGUGUUAUUUGUCUGGUUGCCGUGGUAGGGUCUCGUUUGCUGUGCGGGGAGUGUGGCGAGCGCUCGUGUUGUGGUCAUCGCCCUGCGCGACGAACCCGGUGACCCGAGUUCGAAUCUCGCCCACGGCCAACGUCAGUGACGAUUAUCUUAACUGCUCCUGGGCCUCCCCUAGGUCGACUAGGCCUCAAAUGAGUACCUGGUGCCGGUGUGUAACAUCGCCACUGUGGUGGAGGCCACCCACCCCCAUGCGUACCGUUCCGGUCUUCAUGGUGCUCGCUAACAGCACUUUCCCCAACAGUUUGUUGAGGCUAUUCGGGGGAAUCUUUUGUCUUUUGCUUACAGUGACUGCACUCCCGAUUCUAUUGACCCAGGUUCACAUCCAGCCGCUGCCUGGUGAGGACUCCCCGGGUGUCAAGUCGGCCAGAACGUCGAAGUGUAUCCAGCUUAGGAACGAGUGAAGUGCAGUGCCGCGCGGAUAACUCCGUGCGAGCAGGCUGCUGAUGCAUGUCCCAGGUGUGGCAACUGCCGCUGCUGCCGCUGCUGCUGCAGCCUACGCAGUGGUGCGAAGUUAUUGUAAUGCAUGUUAGACUGCACAGCCUGUACAUUGCCGGGAGAACUCCACAUUGUUGUCGCGUGCCCAUUAUGUUUGAGAAACGGCCGUCUGUAGUUUAUUAAACGGCGGCUUUGAGCGGCGUGCCCUUGUGGCUGUCGAUUGAACCUUUUUUAAUUAGUUCGUUAUGAUUAUUAUUUCAUACGGUGACUUACGUUUUAGCGUAGUUCUCUUCUCAAAUUGUUAUUUGUGUUUGAAAUAAAAUGGGGCUCGGUCCACUGUGAAAGCACUUUGCGUUGUUUUCAAUGGGAGCAUUCAAUUGGGGAGUUGUGGCAUAUCGACAGACACGUGGCGCAUGACAACGCCCUGCUGCACAUGGAGUCAUUCUUGCUAUCCUCAGAGCAUCGGUUUCAAAUCCAACAUCAAAGACAAAGAUCCCCCGUGUAGCGUUAACAUCCUGUUGGGGCAAGUGCUGUUAGCGAGCACCUAUGAAGGCCGGCACGGCACACGAGCGGGUGGGUGACCAGCACCACGCCCGACCGCCUUUGUCUCCCCAGUGGCGAUGGUUACACACCGCUCCAGGUACUCAUUUGAGGCUGACUCGACCUAGGGGAGGCCCAG